ACGGGCCAGUGUAGCGUUUAAUAAUUACAGCAUAUACGUCUUAGUUAUCUCCUGUGAGCCGUAGCAACAAUAAGACUGAUGGACAGGAACAUUUACCCGGGGAAAUGGUGACCCGGCCUCUCUCUGGACAUGGCAUUGUGGCUAUGAAUGCUAACAUAGCUAGUUAGCCUGUGCGGCUAGGUAGCGGGGUUUGCUGGUUGUAGCUGCUAGUCAGAAGGUACACUCGCGUUAUGAGACUCACUUAACGGCGGCGUCGGUAGUUUAACGUCACCUGUUUCACCGCGCUAACAUGCGGGAGUAGUCCAGCAGUGUCUCGGUCGCUCCAGCAGACUCUCCGGUCGGUAGCUAACAGUUACCGGGCAUUGUGCGGUAUGUAGCCGUGGCAUGCUAACCAUCCAUCAGCAAAAGUUGGUCACUGGUCGUAACGUUAGCACAGGCCAGGUGUAGCUGACUGUAGAGUUUCGAUAUGAGGAGACGUUUUGUUUAUUAGCCAGUGAGAAGUUGCUUAAACGGCGGAGUUACUGAGAGCAAAGGGCCUAACUUAGCAGACUGUUGACUGCAUUGCGUUAGCGGGUUUAUCUCACGUCAGCUCAGUUGCCUUGAUUGAUGGUGAUGAUGAUGAUGAUUAUUCAUGUAAUCAUGUAAAGUUGGCAAAGUUUGGAGAGCAGCAAUGUAACAGCGUUUUUAAUUGAACGAGCUGGUGACAGGCAGCGUUAGCAAGCAAAAUGAACAACUCAGGAGUCAUGCCACAAGAAAAGAUGGAGCUGGAUCUGGACAUCCCAUCUUCAUUAGUUCAGACCGAUGGACACUUGAGGAGAUCCAACAGUGCACCAAUGAUAAAUGGCUUAAGCGAUAACUCCCAAGUGUUCCAGAGAGAGGUGCUGCGUAGCCGGAGAAAUAGCACUACAGUUGUCAACAGGCCCAAUAUGGUCCCAUCAUCACCCAUCCGAGUUCCCAGCACCAGGCUUCAUCAGAUUAAACAAGAGGAGGGUGUAGAUGUGAUGAACAGAGAAACUGCUCAUGAGCGGGAAGUUCAAGCCGCUAUGCAGAUAAGCCAAUCCUGGGAAGAAAGCCUGAGUCUGAGUGACAAUGACUUGGAGAAGUCUGCAUCGUCGUCUCCGAAGCGCAUUGACUUUGUCCCCGUGUCUCCUGCACCAUCCCCAACCAGAGGGAUAGGAAAAAAGCAGCAGUGUUUCUCUCCUUCACUACAAAUUCUUGUGAGCAGCAACGGCCUAACACCGAGCCCAAUACCCAGCCCAACACGACGAUUCAGCCGGCGGAGUCAAAGCCCAAUCAACUGCAUCAGAGCCAGCAUACUCGGGCCAAUGAAACGUAAAGGUGAGAUGGAGACGGAGAGUCAACCUAAGAGGCUCUUCCAGGGCACCACCACCAUGCUGUCCUCUGAUGUGUCCAACCUGUCAGAACUGAGCUCCUGUCACUCUCCAGAUUUGCUGGACGGCAGCCUCAGCAGCGUCAGCUCCUCCACAGAUUCCCCGGGCAAAAUGGAGGGAGUGUCGCCCUCCUCGUCCAGCAACUCGCCCUUCACCUCCCUCCAGGACUUGUCUCCAAAGUGAGCACGGGACGCACAAAGAGGAUGGCUGUAAAAGAACAGACCUCUCUAUCUAGAUCUCUGUGUCUCUCUCUCUCUCCAGGGAACGAGUUUUUCCUCAGACCCUCCACCUCACCAUCGCUUAGAUUUAGUCAAAGUGAAAAUAUUCCAUGUUUUGCUUCUAAACAGCAGUUUUCAUGGCUUCUAGCGGGAGGGUCCAGAUGUGUUUUUUUGAAUUAAGGAAACUAAAGCCAUGGACAAGUUGAUGCGUGUAGAGGUAAAAAAAAAAAAAAAAAAAAAAAAAACCUAGUCAAACUGGGAUGGACUGAAGACGCCGAGCACCAGCUGCUAGUAGAGGAUCUCGGGAUGGUGCUUGGCUUCAUAGUGAUACCGUGUUUUCAUAUAAGUGGCUAUCCUGCAAAUCUGUCCCACCAGUUCCCCUCACUGGAGAGACAUCGAGCACUGGACAAAACGAGGGAAAAAAAAAAAAGACUAUUUGGAUGUGUAUAUUAAACUUUUUAGUGCUGGAGAACUUCAGUCCGCAGGCCUCUGUAUGUACACAGUGUGCAGUUUUUUUUUUUUUGUAAGAAAAAAUUUAACUUAUUGUUUUCCUGCUUUGUUUGUAAUUAUGUACAUAUUAACCUUGUCAUAUGUCAUACAUAGUUUAAAGUUCGUGGCUGAGAGAUGAAUGUGGGCACAGGUCUCCAACAGCUGACAUUUUCUUUGUAAAGGAACAAAACUACUUCCAGGGUAGAACUAUGGAGAUUUCCUUACUGUUAUACUGUAAGAGAAGUUUUGUUUUUCAAGGAGAUAUUCUGAUUAUUUUUAUGGUAUAGGCUGUGAACUGUGGUGAUUUUUUUUUUUUUUUUUUUUAACAUUUCAGCUUUGACCUCCCCUUUCCCCCAAUGACAUGCUGCAGCUAUAAUUGCCCUUAAUGAGCAGUUAAUUGUGGACAGAAUUAGAUGAUUACCACUGUUGGGUUUUCAACACUACAGGCUGCUCUAUCCUGUGUUUUUGUCAGGAUGUUUUUGUAGAUGAACAGUAUAGUAAUGAUUCCCUUUUUCCCCCCCUUCCUUUUGGCAACAUGUUUUUAUUUAUGGUUUAAAAAAAACCAUUAAAGUCAGAGGUUGUUAGGUUUCUACCCCCCCUCCCCCAUGAAAUGAACCAUUUAUGUUGCCACUACCUGCUGCAGCAAAAACAAAAUGGCAGCGUCACAUUGUUAGUAAAGAAGCUGCUGUCUCUGCUGUGGUUACAUUUAUUAAAAGUGCUUCUUUUUUUUUUUUUGCCCAGGACCCUCAUUUUUAUGUCUCUUAUGUUUCACCCUGUGUGCAAGUCUAAAGCAGGGAAGACUACCUUCUCGUAUUAAAUAAAACAAAUCAAAGCAGUACAAUAUGAGGUGAAGUCUGUACUGUGAAGAAUUUUUUGCACCUCUAUUAGCUCCAAUGUCCAAACAUUCUGUGUAACUGAGUCUAUGUGAACCCCUCCAUGGUUCCCGUAGCCUUUUGAUGUUUAUGUGCGAACGAGGAAGUGAUUGUAAAUCAUUUUAUGGAAGUGUGCUCUUUUUUAACAAAGAAAAGUGUGGUUGCAGUUCUUUCACUGAUAGUCUUUUUCCUUUUUUAUCCAAGUUAGAAAAUGGAAAAAGCUGUCAGCUCACCCUGCUGUCAACAAGCUAAAUGUUUCCAAGAUGAUUAUUACCCCCCCCCCAGUCGUCAUAGGAAGUGUUUAGGUAAUGGAAAGACUGUAACCUGCCAUGAUGGCUAACACCAUGCCUAUGCUUGUCUUUUUGUGAUUGCCAUCAGACAUCAGGACUAAAUAAAUUAUUUCUUUAUUAUA